AUGAAGCUCCUGCGUCAAUUGGGGGCGACCGCCAUCGCGGCGUCGCUGUGCGUGCAACAAUGCGCGGCGCAAAUGGCCGAGGCGCCGUAUACGGACGCCAAGACGGGCAUCAAGUUCAACACAUGGUCAACAACCAAUGGGUCGGACCCCGAGGCUGCCAGCGUGGCUCCCUUCACCUUUGGUCUGUCGUUACCUGGCGAUGCGUUGACCAAGGACGCUACCGAGUACAUCGGUAUCCUACGUUGCCAAAUCGCCGACAGCGCCACCCCUGGCUGGUGCGGUCUUUCCCAUGGCCAGUCUGGCCAGAUGACCCAGGCUCUGCUUCUCAUGGCAUGGCAGCACAGCGGGAAGAUCUACACUUCGUUCCGCUUCACCUCUGGAUAUAGCAUUCCUGGUGUCUACUCUGGCAACGCCACUCUGACCCAAAUCUCGUCGACCAUCACACCCAACGAGUUCGAGCUGAUCUACCGUUGCCAGGGAUGCUUCUCCUGGCAGCAGGGCUCCACCAAGGGCGGUGUCUCUACCACUGAUGGGAACCUGAUUCUUGGCCGAGCUGCCGCAAAAUCGGGCUUGCACAACCCAACCUGCCCCGACAAGGCCUUCUUCGGGUUUCACAACAAUGGCUAUGGCCAAUGGGGAGCCUCGCUCGAGAACACGACCAAUGCGGCAUACUCUACGUGGGCCGCCUUGGCCACGGCGACGCCCACUACUGACUGCACGACCCUCGAGCCCCCUCCGCCAGCCCAGACCACGCAGCCUGAAGCACCAACGUGCGUCGCGGCCCCGGCCAAGACCUAUGACUACAUUGUGGUCGGCGGUGGUGCCGGAGGCAUUCCCCUUGCGGAUAAGCUGAGCCAGGCUGGCAAGACUGUUCUGCUUAUCGAGAAGGGGCCUCCUUCAUCGGGACGAUGGAACGGAACCAUGAAGCCUGGCUGGCUCACCGGCACCAAUCUCACCCGCUUUGAUGUCCCGGGCUUGUGCAACGAGAUCUGGGUUGACUCGGCUGGAAUUGCUUGCACCGAUACCGACCAGAUGGCGGGCUGUGUCCUGGGAGGCGGCACAGCCGUGAACGCGGGUCUCUGGUGGAAGCCGAACCCGAGAGACUGGGACUACAACUUCCCUGCAGGCUGGAAAUCUAGCGACCUGGCCGGUGCCACAAAGCGUGUGUUCGACAGGAUUCCAGGCACCUGGCAUCCGUCGCAAGAUGGCAAGCUGUACAGACAGGAGGGGUUCAAUACCCUGGUCAGUGGACUCAACAAGACCGGGUGGACCGAAGUCAUCCCCAACGACUCGCCCAAUCUCAAGAACCACACAUACGGCCAUACGACGUUCAUGUUCUCCAACGGAGAAAGAGGUGGUCCAUUGGCUACCUAUCUCGUUUCGGCUUAUGCGCGCGAGAACUUCAACUUGUGGACUGGCUCUGCCGUGAGACGGGCUGUGCGAACCGGCAGCCGUGUUACCGGCGUCGAGCUGGAAUGCUUGAGCGACGGUGGCUAUAGCGGCAUUGUGAAUGUUUCCGCAAACGGAGGAGUCAUCUUCUCUGCGGGUACAUUCGGCUCUGCCAAGCUUCUGCUUCGGAGCGGCAUCGGACCUGCGGACCAGCUGGAGGUGGUUGCCGGCUCAGCCGACGCGGAGACGUUCAUCGCCAAGGACCAGUGGAUUGACCUGCCUGUUGGCUACAAUCUUAUUGAUCAUCUCGACACUGAUCUUAUCAUCACUCAUCCCGAUGUCGUCUUUUAUGACUUUUAUGAGGCUUGGAAUACGCCAAUCGAGACCGACAAGGUCGAUUAUCUCUCCAACCGCACUGGUAUCCUCACCCAGUCUGCGCCAAACAUUGGCCCGAUGAUCUGGGAUGAAAUCAAGGGCUCGGAUGGAAUUGUUCGCCAGCUCCAAUGGACAGCACGUGUCGAGGGCAAUGACCAAAUAACCACUUCAAAGAACGCAAUGACUCUCAGCCAGUAUCUUGGAGUGGGUGUUGUCUCAAGAGGCCGCAUGAGCAUCACAGCCGAUCUCGAUACCAACGUUUUGUUGCAUCCGUACCUACAUGAUGCGUUUGACAAGGAGGCAGUCAUCAUUGGCAUCAAGAACCUUAUGGCUGGCCUGAGCAUCAUUCCUAACCUGACAUGGGUCUUGCCACCUGCCAACACGACGGUUGAGGCGUGGGUCGACAGUCUCAUCGUGUCACCAUCUAGCCGCCGUUCGAACCACUGGAUGGGCACUGCGAAGUUGGGCUAUGACGACGGCCGCACCGGCGGCAGUGCCGUGGUGGAUGUCAACACCAAGGUCUAUGGAACCGACAAUCUCUUUGUUGUCGACGCAUCCAUAUUCCCUGGCAUUUCAACAGGCAACCCGUCAGCCAUGAUUGUCAUAGCAGCGGAACAAGCAUCGCAGCGCAUCUUAGCUCUAAGUAGCCCCAAGGCUUAG